CGAUGAAGAAUAUUAUAUCAUGUCUGAUGAUUCUGAUAACAUUGAAUAUGAAAUUAAUGAAAAAGAAAUUGAUUUAUUAAAAAAGGAAUCUAAAAAUUUUAUUAAUAAUUGGAAUCACAAAGAUAAAAUUAAACAAAACAAUGUUGUUAUUGGAAAACCCAAAGAAAAUAGUAACAAUGAAAAAACAAAAAUAAAUGAUGACAUUGAUGAAGAUGGUAUGAAAUAUAAAUAUAAUGAAACUAAUUUUGAAGAUUUUGAUUUAUUACUUAAAGAAGAAAAUUUUUCAACACAAUAUAAAUUAAAAAGUUAUUUAAGAAAAAAUAUGAAUAAUAUUAAAAGCUUAAUAAUCAAUAUUUAUAAUG